UUUUUUUAUAUUCUUUUCCUUUUCGUUCUUUCUUUGGUGUGUUUACCAACUAUUCAUAAUACAAAAAAAAGUCUGUCUAUGUAUAAUACAUAUGACGACAACUAUCGAUAAUCUCUCAAUGAAAACUACUAUUAUUAUGAAUAGUACCACUAAUAUUAAUGAUGUUACAGCACCCCCACCUUCUUAUGCAAACACCAUGACGACUAGGAUAAAAUCCUUUUUUGUUACCUCAACACCCACUUUCACUAUACCAAACGACUUUGAUACUGCCUCUCAGAAAGGUUUCAAGAGUAACUCUUGGUUUUCAACAAGCGAGGAAAAGAACCAGAGUGAACACACAAAGACUAUCCGUCGUGUCGCUUCUGCCCCCAAUGCUAAACUAUUCAACAAGACUAAAAAAAAUAUCAACAACAAUAAUAAUUAUAAUAAUAACAAUACCAAUAAUAAUUAUAGUAAUAAUGUAUCGACUAUCUCAAUACCAUCAUUAAUGACAGAACCGUCUUCUCCACUCCAAAGAUUGCAUAGAUCCUGUCGACGCACUUAUUCGAGCAGUAGUAUUAAAGUUAAAAAAAUUGAAGUCGGUCCUUCCAGUUUUACAAAAAUUCGAAUGCUUGGGAAGGGUGAUGUUGGCAGAGUUUAUAUGGUUAAACAAAAGGAGACUGAAAAGUUGUAUGCCAUGAAAGUUUUGUCAAAGAGAGAAAUGAUUAAAAGAAACAAAAUUAAAAGAGCUUUGGCAGAACAAGAAAUCCUGACAACUUCAAAUCAUCCAUUCAUCGUUACUCUUUACCAUUCCUUUCAGAGUCAAGACUAUCUUUACUUUGUAAUGGAAUAUUGUAUGGGCGGUGAAUUCUUCCGAGCACUUCAAUUAAGACCAGGAAGAUGUCUAAGCGAGGAAGGAGCCAAAUUUUAUGCUGCUGAAGUCACAGCUGCUUUGGAAUAUCUACAUCUUCAAGGACACAUCUAUCGAGACUUGAAGCCUGAGAAUAUUCUUUUGCAUCAAAGUGGGCAUAUCAUGCUGACUGAUUUUGAUUUAAGUAAAGGCUCUCAUCCACCUGGUAAACCAUCCAUUGUGAAAUCAAAUUCUCCUCAUACACCACCUUCUAUCGACACAAAAAGCUGUGUUAAUAACCUCCGAACAAAUAGUUUUGUUGGCACAGAAGAAUACAUUGCACCUGAAGUGAUUAAAGGAUGUGGACAUACAAGUGCUGUCGAUUGGUGGACACUAGGCAUCUUGAUCUAUGAAAUGCUGUUUGGAAGGACACCUUUUAAAGGAUCUGGACGUAAUGAAACAUUCUCUCGUAUUCUACACUGCGAUGUUCAAUUCUCUGAACAACCAUCACCUUAUAAAACGCAGAUAUCAAAUCAAGCAAAGAAUCUAGUUAGAAAACUGUUACACAAAGAUGAAAACAAAAGGCUUGGUUCGAGGGCUGGUGCUUCUGAUGUUAAAGCACACCCAUUCUUUAAAAGUAUCAACUUUGCUUUACUCAGGCAUUGUAAGCCACCUAUUAAGCCAGUUGUGGAGAAGCCCAAUGGUAUAGACGCAGUAAACUUUAGAAAGAUGCCACCAGACAAUAGUAGUUUUGAUCUUGAAUCAGAUGACCUGCUUGUUACCAUUCAGUCAGACAAGUCAAAUCCAUUUGAAAGAUUCAGUUCGAUUACUCUCUAUCAUGAUGGUGACUCUGAUUCUGACUAUGAAGAUGAAUACUAAAAAGUCAUUUAAUGUACACUUAUAAUCUAUACAUCUACAGUAAUAAUAAUCUAUAAUAGCAGUAAU